AUGGCAACGGUGCGUUCGCUCCUGCAUCCAAAUUACCAAAAUCCCGAUCCAAUCGGCAUACCCGCCACCGUCGGCGCGCCGCCACGAAACAUUCUGAUCAGAAGGCCAGCCGAACCAGAAUCGUCUCGCGGGGAGCAGCAGGGUAGCGAGCAUGAUAGGCGGCAAUCGGUCCUCGGGGUGACGGGACGGCCGUUCGCUAACGAGGAUAAGUUCCAGAAAGAGCAUGUGGAAGGGCCGGAGGAGAUAUCUAGCCAAGAAUUUGCGCGAGGUGGAGCUACUGAGGUCGAGGAGGGAGUGGUAGGAUUCGUUGCCGGUGGGUUUGCGUUUUGCUGCUGCGUGGCGCUGCAGGGGGUCUGGGUGGUGGGUUUCGGUGAUGAAGAGGUAGGAGGCGAGGCCGAAGACGAUGGACGGGAUGAGGGGAGCCAGGCGGUCCAGUGCCAGCGUCUGAAAAUAGGCCCAACAAAAGUCGCGGAAAGUAGACGGAAAUGCGCAUGGCCCAAUCCACCGGACCCCAAACUCGGCCAAAGCACCCUCAAUUACUGCCGGGGAGGAGGUGUCGAAAGACCAGAACGGUCACCAGACUCUGAGCCAGUACCCAGCGCCGUGACCGUGAUCGAAAUAUGA